GCCGUAAUGAUCUAGCACAAGACAAUCACUUUUUCGGGAUCCUCACGCUCGUUUCACGCCUGCCUCGAUUGUGUCUUUCGCUUUCUCAAAUAGGAAACGAUGAGUGAAACCUCAGAACGGCCGGAGGUGGAGAGACGGAGGCAGAAGCAGAGAAGGCAGAUCCAGGCAAGGGAGAGACAGAGACAUCCGUUACAGAAGUUUGAAUCCCCGUCCAAGGGGUUUUCUGGGGUUGUGCAUGUUGUAGGAUUGUGGAACUUCUACGUUGGGUUCAAGUACUUGGCGGAUAAUCCUAACUUCAUCACCACCUCAUUCGGCUGGCACCUUCAAUAUCUUACCAUCUUGGGCCUCUCCAUCUCGACGCUAUGUUUCUCCGUCGGCCUCCUGGCCGACAUGACUGGUUCCUAUGCUCUAUUUACUGCGAAGAAUUAUCUCUCGCUAGUCGCAGCGCCGAUUGAGAUUCUGAUUGCCUUGUUGUAUUGGGGAUUUCGAGCUGUCGACCCCGCCCUCGUCGUCCCACCAGAUCUUCCGCUACCGCCACUCUCAAUAGAUUGUGCCUUCCACCUCUUCCCCGCCCUUCUCCUGGCCCUCGAUGCACUCCUCCUAUCCCCUCCUUGGCCGACCACUCCAACGCACCCACGUGCACCGCUCAUCACGCUCGGUCUCACUACUGGGUUCGCGGUAGCAUACUGGAUCUGGCUCGAAGUGUGCUACGCGAGGAAUGGAUGGUAUCCGUAUCCAAUCUUGGAGCUACUGACCGUUGGGCAGAGAGUGGGGCUGUUCGCGGGUGCGGCUGCGGGAAUGGGAGCGGUGGGGAUGGGAUUGAGGGUUUGGUAUGGGUGGAUCAAUGGAGUUGAGAGGCAUAUUAGCUCCAAGCUGGAGUGAGAGGGAGGGAUUGGUAAUUGAAAGAGGUUGAGAACGUAGAACGUGCAGGGUCAUACUCUGUCCAGGUACAAUCCGCGUUAAAACGCGUUGACG